AUGACUGCGACGGCUAUCCACCACGGGCCGACCCGCCUGGAGCGACUCAGCGCCGAUGACUUCGAGACAGCGUCUGUCCGCUCAGCGGCACCGUCUUACAUCUCCGAAGCGCCCUCCUACCACUCGACACUCCCGCCCCACGAGAGCGCACCCGCCUACACACCCGCGACGGCUCCAGCAUACACAACGCAGCCGCAGCAAACCUCCUCGUCGACCCCGACCCCGCGCCAGUCCUCAACCAUGCUCCCGCCGGCAGCCGCACCCAUGAGCUCGACCUUCACACCAGGCGCCGGCCUCCCACGCCUCCCAUCGCCGCGGCGACGCGCGAGCGAGCUGCCGCAGCUAAGCCAAUUCCGCCUCCCCACGUCGUGGGCGAGCUCGAGCUCCGGCAACCCGCAGGCGCGGCACUACCAGAGCGUCGCGAACCGACGUGCGGCGGCCGCCGUGGCGCACGCCGCGAGCACACAGUCGUUAUUGAUAGCGGCGCGGGACGACGUCGUGAACGCGGCGAGCACAGCUGAUGAUGACGGUCGCGUGAGGCCGCUGGAAGACCCGUAUCUGGUGGGCGAGGUGGCGGCGGCAAGGGCGCGGCGCGAGAGGCUCGCGCGCCAGAACGGGGACGAUAUUUUGAUCCGGGAGGAUAUGCGAUGGGACUGGUUUCUUAGUCAGAUGAACGACGCCCAAGAACGCGAGCGCAGCUGGGCCAACUUCCGCCAAAGUUACGAGUCUCGUGGCCGAUCGAAGUUGGCCCGUCGCUUUUGGCGAUAG